CUUCAAGUUACCCACCAUGGUGAAGAGCAGGAGAAGCAGGGAGCCCCUGAAGCACCUCGCCGACUUCUUCCUGGCAGCGGAGAAGGACACGCGUCAGACCUCACGCUCCUCCAGCUGCAGCAGCUCCCCCUCGGCAUCUAUAGAGGAGAGAGAAGAUAGGAGGAAUACAAAACAACUAUCAAAAGCUGAAAAGACUCCAGGCAGAGACACAACCAGAACUGGUUUUAAAAACACCAAACCUGCAAGAUCGAUACAGAGAGCAAAAAGCUUCAAUAUAACUCAGCAGGAGAUACUGCAAGAAGAAAAAGAUGCAGCUUUCUCAGAUACCUCAAAAACUAGAAGUCCAGCCAAGCAAAAACCAAGGAUGGACAACAAUCAAACCCCUUCAUAUGAGGUAGGCGCGUCCACUUCUCUAUCACCCCACACCAUGGGAGUAUUUGCCCAGAUACCCACUUCUAAUGACAUCAUCACAGUAAAUUUGAUGAAAGAAAUGCUGAUGGCUUUAAAGUGCUCCAUCAAAGCUGACAUAGCACAAAUGUGCAACGCUAUUUCCACAAACCUAGAUGAGUUGGGAGAGAGAGUAAAUCCCAUUGAAAACAAAAUGGUGGAAUACGCAAAUGCACACAAUACCCUAGUAGACGCACAUAACUCCCAAGAAGACGACAUCACAGCCAUUAAAGCAAAACUAGCAGACCUAGAAGACAGCACUAGGGGAAACAAUGUCAAAUUUAGGGGGAUCCCUGAGACAGUGUCCCCAGGAGAAUUUUCUAAAUAUCUACAAAAAAUUAUGCAGGCCCUGCUACCAGAAGCUUCACCUCUCGACCUCACUGUGGAUAGAGCACACAGACUUCCAAAACCCAAAACAUCCCAGAAAACAAGCCGAGAGACGUCCUUGCCCGUAUUCACUUCUACCAUAUCAAAGAAGAAAUCAUGUCUGCGGCGAAAAACUCCAAUCUCUACCCGAUCCAUACAGGCACGUUAUUCUAUUCACCGACCUUUCACAAGCAACUAUACUGGAAAGGAAAAAAUUCCAUCCAAUAACCUCAUGCCUGAGAGAAAAUAA